AUGGCUGAAAGUGGUGGGAAAGAAGAAAUAAAAUGGACGACUACAGUUAUUAUUAGCUCAUCUCUUAAGACUUAUGAAAUUGCAACUGCCCUAGAAAAUCAAAGCCACAAGAUUCGGUAUUCAGAUACAGUGGAAAAUGGAUCAAUCAUAUUUUCUCUUUCUGGAGUUGCAUUUUUAUUAAUGGACGCUAAAGAAUGCAUUAUGUCAGCUGAAGAAAUAUUUAUAAACAAAAUUGAGAAGUUUAUUAAUAUUCACAAAAAUAGUUUUUUGGUUUUGUUUGCUGCCCUCCAUGGGCCUGAAGAAUGGAAACUGAUGUUCAGGAUUCAGCAGAGAUUCCUGGGAAGUAACUUACGGAUACUUCCAGUACACAACACAGCAAAUGCUAUUACUCUUAUGUGCACUAUUGCCAAGACUACCUCCAAACCAUACAUAGAUAGCAUCUGCUAUAGAAUGAUAACAACUAAAGCUUACAUCAUAGAACAAAGUCCUGUUUGGAAAAUGCUUCAAAAGAUAAAACUGGGUGGAGAUGCAAUUAACCCAAAUUAAAGUACCAAUUGUAAGGUCAUUUUGGAAGACUAUCACAAAAAUUUUACCUGUUAAAUUAUAAUGUUGAAAUAUAUUCUUUAAAGAUGUUUAUAUUGAUUUAAAAUAAUAACAUGUAUACAAUUAAAAGUAAUUUUACUUUAGGA